AUGAGUAACGUUCCCGCAUGGAAGCGUUUGGGACUUAAGGUGAAGGAUGAUGUCGAGGAUGAUCCUCUCCACACUACUACGCACUUGGAGCAUGAUGUUGUAACCAACAAAAUUGCCAAAAAGCUCAAUAAAAAGAGACAACUUCAAGAAGAGAAAAGUGACACCAAAUCUAAGAAACCACCCAAAAGAGUCAAGCUACCCAAAUCAGAAAGAGCACCUCCUCCAGAGAAAGACCAGUUGGCGUAUUUGCUGCAGUAUGCUGACGAUCGGGAGAAUUGGAAGUUCAGUAAACAGAAACAGAACUGGAUCCUUAAGAAUAUCGAUGAAAUCCCCAAAAAGUACGAAAAUGCGCUCGUUGUCUAUGUUGAGGGUCUACAGGGAGGAGCACGUGAGCGGUUGAUUCCCGAAUUGAAGAAGGUGGUCGAGGAAUGGAAUAAGGUGGCUCAAGAAAUCGAGGAGAAAGUGAACGCCGAGUUAUAUGGAGACAAGAGCGAAGAAGAUAAGAAUGAAAAGAAGGAAGAUGACAAGGAAGUGAAGGAGAUGAAGCAGGAAGAAUCGGGACCUCUGAGGGAGUACGCUGUGAGAUGUCAUAAGCUAUUGAAGGCAUUGGACGAGACUGUUGAACUCCAGGGUGUCGAGACAGAGGCUGAAGAGACAGACGAGAAGGAUGCUGAGGAGAUUGAAGAGAAGAACGUUAAGGACACUGCAGACAAUGGGACUGUGGAGAAAACAGUACAGAAGGAAACAGAAGAGAAGGACAAUUUGAUCAUAGAAGAUAUCGAGGUCGAAGAUUACCAGUACAGCACUGAAGAAGGAGAGAAGCUAGAUCUCGAUAAUGGAAAGAAGGAAAAGAAGGAAAAGAAGGAUGAGAAGGAUGAGAAGAAUCAGAAGGAUCAGAAGGAUGAGAAAAAAUCUAAGCAAAAGAAGGAAAAGAAGGAAAAGAAGGAAAAAAAGGAAAAGAAAGAGAAAGUCAAGAAUAGAAAGGAUAAGAAGUGA